AUGACAAAGGAGAUGUCACCGAGGGACAUAUCAGGAAAUGAAUAUGGCAUUACUCAGCGAGAUAAUGAAGAUGGUUCAUCCUUCUGCACCUCAACCACUGUUGUAGUUGUCACUCAAAAAGUGAUUGCAGAAGUGAUUGGGACGUAUUUUUUGAUAUUUAUGGGGUGCGGUUCGGUUGCCGUGGAAAAAAUUUACGGUUCCGUAACAUUUCCGGGCAUAUGCGUUUCGUGGGGGUUGACGGUGAUGAUCAUGGUGUAUUCGGUUGGCCACAUCUCCGGCGCCCAUUUUAAUCCGGCGGUCACCAUUACUUUCGCCCUUUUUAGGCAUUUCCCUUACAAGCAGGUGCCACUAUACAUAUUGGCGCAGUUGGUUGGGUCAAUCCUUGCAAGUGGGAGUUUGUACGUUUUGUUAGAUGUUCCAAAAGAAGCUUAUUUUGGGACACUGCCUGUGGGCUCCAACGCACAAUCCUUGGUCAUUGAGUUCAUCGCAUCGUUCCUUUUGAUGUUUGUCAUCUCCGGUGUUGCCACUGACAAUAGAUCUGUCGUCAUGCCGCUUUCAUAUAAGAGGAAGAAUUCCGAUGGUGCACGGGACGAUGUUGGCUUCAUAGUGGAGAGGGCGGAUGUUUUUAUCUGUGAGCUGUUCGGCCAAAUUGAGACUAUCAGGAAGGUGCACGGGUUAUGUGAAUGA